CUGCUAGUUUUAGCUAUUAAGACAUGCACUGAACCUCAUUUCUAAACAUUUGCUUAGCGAUCGAAAAUAUAAACAAAGAACACGCACCACAGAACACUUACAAAUUAUGCAUUAUAUUGUUAGAAAUUGUAUUGUCUUCGCAAUUAUUUUUCUGUUAAUUUGCCACAAGGUGGAAAAGAGUUUUCCUCAAAUGCUGAAGCCUAUUGCUUGAAUGAAAACGAACUUUCCAAUUAAGCUUAAGAGCUUAACGAGAAAUGCCUUGCUGAAUAGACCUGAUUUGGGUACUGCUUUGAAACGUAUGGUCUUUUGAAAUUUCAUCUUGUUCGUUCAGUCAAACGUUUCUUUAGAAUUUCAAACCGAAGGUAAGGAUACAGCGUGGAUAAAAUUAUAGGCUGUAGGCUCUAAGCAGAAAGUCGGAUCAGCGAUUUUAGAGUUAGUAACCAAAAAAUCCAUCGAUGUUUGGCCUAAAGUCGCUUAUCAUCGUCCAAUACUGUUUCUUUACCGAGCGGAAAUCAAAUAGGCGGGAAUAUUGUGUUUGUUGUGGUCGGUGCGAACAAAACAGUUGUUUCAAGCGGAACGAGAUAGCGUAGCCAAGGCAAACAGAAUUAAAGAAAUAUGCUUAUACUUUACAAUGGGAAGUGCGUGAUUCUCCCCAGCAAUACGUGCCCGUACACGUCAUUUGAAACCUUCUGACUUAAUCACUUGUCAAGUUGGCAUCCAUCAAACGCAAAUCUAUUGAGCGCGAAUUGAACGCUUCGACGGAUCUGUCUUGAAUUAUCAAUUCCCGAUACAAAUGCGGUUUUCCAUCCAUUUGGCGUCCGCAGUACCUCGGACAGACAUGUGUAAAGUCAUCCUGAGAUUGGCGAAUAUCGCCGAUUAGAAGUUAUUAUUUAAGGUGACAUCGUGCUUCCGAAACCCAUUUUGAGACAACAACAGUAGAACAGCGCUGAUUGAUAAGCACAUUAUAUUUGCAUAUCUAUUAUUUCCUGUUAUUAACACCUGCGAGUCGUGCUCGUGGCAUUGUUACCACUUGUCGAGGUAGUGUGUAAAUGAGCAAAGUUCCGAGUGUGUUUACCAAAACGAAUAACUUCACCAUCUUUAUGGGGGGACCAAAACAGAGCAGUUUGAUCUCGCAACAUGAAGAGGUGUAUUAAAGUGACAGUCUUUUUCCAAGCCCUGCUGUCGAUGGUAUGUGAAGUUGCACUGGAUUCAUUGCCUACCUGUUCCGAAGACCACAAAUGCCCUAACUCGCAAACAUGUUGCGGUAACGUUUGCGUCGGAGUUUGCAAAAUUGAGUGUCAAGAACAGGCGGAUUGCGAUAACUUGGCAGACAACCUCGGAUGCAUCAGUGGAUUCUGUGAGUGUCUUCGGUCGUUACCUUGUUUCAACAGAUCAAUGUCUCAUAACGAUUUUGAGUCAAGUUGGCGUUGUGUAACAUAUUUUGAAUGUUCGAAACCUGCCAAAUGUCGCAACGGAAGCUGCGUAACAAAUAAUAAACCCUCAAAAUUGAACCCGGCACUAUUGGCAAUUGUAACAAUCAUCGGCGUGCUCAUAUUCUCUUGCCUUUUCUGCUGUUGUUUGAGCAGAAUGAAAAGUGAAAGGCAUUCUAUGAAAACACGAGUUGCCAAAGGCAAAUUAAAGAGAGUUCACCACCUUGGCGAAGACGCCGAUAGCGCGGCAAAAAGCGCUUUGGUAGGUGCUGAAAGUGAGGCUUUCCCGGUCAAAGAAGGGAAAGAUUCAAAAGAACUUGAUGCAGAAGACGAAGCUUUAAUUUCUAUUAUAACCGGCGGACCUGCUUUGGCUCCAAUUCGCGAGGAAGACGAAGAAGACGACGAAUUAGAGAAGGCUUAGAAAACGACGUGAAAACAGCUGUGUUUACCUGGCUGGUGGAAAUAAUUAUUGCGCCGUCAAAAAGAGCUGAAAACUCACUUGAUUAGUUGCCUUCAACGGCGAAACGCGAUUAACGUCGAUGGAAAGCAAUAAACCGAGAAAAUCUAGAGUUUCAGGCAUGAAAAGCUCGUAACAAUCAUAUUUCCGUGCGAAUUAGCACGUUAUUGAUUAAAACUCACACUGUUGGUUAAUAACGCAGCUUUUUUUUUGUGCCUGUGGUUCUCGAGGAUGGUUUCGAUAAAAAUCAACGUACGCAAAGGUAGAUAUUGCAUGUUAUUAUGCCGUGUUUUUUAAUCAAUUUCCAAACCACGAAGCUCUUAAAUCUGCGAUUUAAACCUGCGGUUAUCAUUUGAAGUAAGAGUCGGCCGUUUAGCGCAACACAGAAGUGAAACUUGUCGAAAUCAUUAAUCUUCAUCUAUUUUUAUAUUUUCAUUUGGUUUACAAACUAGAACUUUCUUUUGACAUGAUAAUGAAUUAGGCGACUGAUAAGUCCAGCGUUAUCGCACGCAGCCUCGGAAAAGAUUAUAAAACUAGUAUAGAUAAAUAAAUUGGUGAACAUGCCAAGACUGCCAAGUUUUGUUGCUUAUACCAUCAGCUGUUACAGAAAGGAAAAUAAUGAAAGAGAAAUUGGGAAUAAUUUAUCACGGACGCGCCAACAGAUUAGAGUUUCCAUUUCAAUAAUAAUACAGGUGUCCUAAAAAGAAAAUGAAAAUGCCUUACAACUUGAUCAAAUCAGGUUAUAAAAGAAAAGUAUUAUAACGACGAAAGCGUGUACGAUUUAUUCAAAGGCAGACUCCAGAAUCUGCAUACAAGUAAUAAAUUCGAAACUCGGUAA